CCGACCAUAAAUUGAAAGAAGUGUGGGACUUGCGCUUUGAAUGAGUUUAAUUUUAAUUUGUUGACCUUUCUGAACCAGAAUGGCGGACGUCGUGGAUGAUUCAAUGAUGGACUGUAGUGAAACCGUAGAAAUUAUUUCUGCAGCUCCAGAAGAGCUUGCAGAAACCAAAAAGGAACAUGGAAACGAACUCUACAAAACAAAGCAGUACCAUUCUGCUCUUGCAUUCUACUCGGAAGCCAUCAAAAUCUGUCCAGAAACAGCCUCCUACUAUGGUAACAGAGCGGCAUGUCUCAUGAUGCUUAAUCGUUUCCAAGAUGCUUUGGAAGAUGCUAGAAGAUCAGUUCAGCUUGACAACAAAUUCAUCAAAGGAUAUGUGAGGAUUGCAAAAUGUGCAAUAGCACUUGGGGACCUAGUCACUGCAGAAAAUACCUUGAAAAUUCUGGAAACAAUGAACCAAGAAGGUGCAGUUGCUGCAGAAAAGAAAUCUUUGUUAAAGUUACAACAGUUUGAAUUGGAAGCUCAGAAAGCCUAUGAGAAAAAAGAUUUCAGGAAGGUUGUUUAUUGUAUGGAUCGUUGUUUGGAUGAAGCUCCUACUUGUCCUCGUUAUAAACUCACAAAAGCAGAGUGUUUAGCUUUCUUAGGUCGAUAUGGCGAGGCUCAAGAAAUAGCAAAUGGCAUUCUUCAUCUGGAUAAAGGAAAUGCUGAUGCUAUUUAUGUUAGAGGAAUUUGCUUGUUCUAUGAAGACAACAUAGAUAGUUCGGUAAAUUACUUCCAACAAGUACUCAGACUAGCACCUGAUCACGCCAAAGCUAUGGAGCUAUAUAAGAGAGCAAAACAAUUAAAAAAAAAGAAGGAAGAAGGAAAUGAAGCUUAUAAUGCAGGAAAAUAUGCUGAAUCCAUCAAAUUGUUUUCUGAAGCCCUGAACAUCGACCCUCUAAACAAAAUGACAAAUGCCAAAUUACAUUUCAAUAGAGCCACAGCUUUCUCCAAGCAGAAUAAGCUACAAGAGGCAGUGGAUGACUGUACAGCUGCCCUUAAAUUGAACCCAAGCUAUAUGAAAGCAUUAUUGAGGAGAGCCAAGUGUUAUAUGGAUCUAGAGAAUUUUGAAGAGGCUGUAAAAGAUUAUGAAAAAAUCAAUAAAAUGGACAAGAGUCGAGAAAACAGGAGGCUUCUACAAGAAGCUAAAUUGGCACUCAAAAAAUCCAAAAGAAAGGACUAUUAUAAAAUACUAGGGGUGGACAAAAAUGCAAGUGAAGAUGAAAUAAAAAAAGCAUACAGAAAAAGAGCGCUGAUUCAUCAUCCUGACCGCCAUGCAAACGCGUCUGAAGGUGAAAAGAAAGAACAAGAGAAGAAAUUCAAGGAAGUUGGUGAGGCUUAUGGUGUCCUCUCAGAUCCCAAGAAGAAAUGCCGUUACGAUUCUGGCCAAGACAUGGAAGAUUUCGGUUGUGGAAUGUCAGACAUUGAUCCUAGCCAAGUGUUCCAAUCCUUCUUCAACACUGCUCAUGGACAAGAGUAUACUUUUGGUAGUUCAUUCCCUGGUGGUUUCAGUUUCCAAUUUGGCUGAAUCAUACUUGUAACCCUGACAAUGUUCGCAACAUCUAUUUUCAUUUGUAAAAUAAUCUUUGUAUCUGUUACCACAUUCCUAAUUUUUCAUCUCGCUUUUUUCUCAAAAUGGAAUCCAAACUUUGUGUUGUUAGUAUUUAUUGCUAGUAAUAAUGUUUUGAGAUCCUAUUUUAACUCGGUAAUUGCACCGAGAAAUACAACAUUAAUAUUACUGUAAAUGAGUUAUGGUACAUUAUAAAUUUUCGGCUCUCAUCCCAUAGAGCAUAGAAAUUUUGUGAUAAUUCAGUGAAAUAAAAGUUAGUCUUUAUGAAAA